AUGAAACAAGGCCAAGGCUUCCUGCUCGUCUUCUCCAUAACCUCCACCUCCUCCCUCUCCGAACUCGCCGAACUCCGCGAACAAAUCAUCCGCAUCAAAGACGACGAGAACGUCCCCAUCGUCAUCGUCGGCAACAAAUCAGACCUCGAGGAAGACCGCGCCGUCUCGCGAUCGCGCGCCUUCGCCCUCUCCCAACAGUGGGGGAACUCGCCGUACUAUGAAACCUCCGCCCGCCGCCGUGCGAACGUCAACGAGGUCUUCAUCGACCUGUGUCGGCAGAUUAUCCGCAAGGAUAUUCAGGCGAGUCAGGAGCGGAGUAUGGAGCUGGCGAUGAAUGGGAGGAGUGGUGGUGGCGGUGGCGGCGGUGGUGGAGCAGAUGGGAUUGGUGGGUCGGAAGGUCAGAAUCGACAAAGUGGUGGGCGGUUAAGGAAUCGGAGGAGAGCGAAGGCAAAAGGGGACUGUGUGAUUUUGUGA